UUUAUUUCCUCAGUUUCUUUUGUUAUGUCUCCCUUUUCAUUUCUGGAUACUGUCUCUGUGCUCUUUAUGUAGAUUGGUGUAUCUCUUUUGUUUUUUUCAAAGAAAUCUUUGCUUGGAUUGUCUUACAGUUGGAUAUACUAUAGUUGUGGGAUACCUGUUGAGGUAAGCUUCUACCAAAAAGUGGAAUGGUAAUGUAUAUCCUGUGCUAUGUACAUGUUGAAAUAUGUAAUCUGCUUCUUCAUUUUUAUUUUACAGGGAUGACUGUUUCCCCAGAAAAUCAGGGAUCAGUUUACCUCAAUUCCCAGCUAUACCUCUCCUGGGCAUAUAGUCAAAGGACAGUCUAUCCUAUCACAAGGACAUCUGCUUAUAGCAGUUUUAUUAAUAAUAGCUAGAAACUGGAAGCAUCCUAGAUCUUCUCCAACCAAUGAAUGAUUAAACAAAAUGUACAUUGAUAAGUGGAAUAUUACUGAGGUUAAAAAACUAACAUCAUGAAAUUUUCAGGCAAAUGGAUGGAACAAGAAAAAAAUCAUCCUGUGUAAGGUAACCCAGACUAUAUACAAAUAUAAACCAUAUAAAAACAUGGUAUAUAUUCACUUAUAAGGCGGAUAUAAGCUGUAAAGUAAAGGGCAAUUAUGGUCAGUUCACAGACCCAGAAAGACCCAAAAAAGGAUGGGUCAAUCAGGGAUUCAUAGAUCUCUAUGGAAAGAGAGAUGUGGUGAGUGGGGAUGCGAACAGAAGAUUGUGCUUUGGAGAUGGAAGGAGAGUAUAUUGUAGUGAACAAGUAGAAGUGUGAGCCAUUUUAGAGACAAGGUAGAGAUGUUGUGCAAUGGAAACUCCUAGGAGUCUAAGAAGGUGACAGGAAAUGAGAGAUAUAGUAAUGAGGGAUAUGGAGACUAAUCCAGCCAUCGUCUGUAACUAAGCAAGGUUUCCAGGAAUUGGAACACCAACCCAGCCAUAAAACAUUUGACGUACAAUUUGUCCUGCCUACAAGAUGUGCUGUGAUAAAAGUGGUGUAGAAAUUGAUGUAGUAACCUGUGGGUGUUGUGCCUCUAAGUGGUGCCCAGUGGACAUUGAGGGAGGCUCCUAUACUAUUCUAAUAUUAUGAGUGCACAUCUCUGAUGGCAUAUCAAAUGGCAUAAGAUAGAAGAUCUCAGAAAGCUAGUGAGUCUCAGAUUGGUACAGUAUAGGAUGAUGGCUGCUUCUCCCAACUUCACUGAAGUCCCCUUAGGUCCUGGCAGUGGCACUGGGGUGAUCGGCUACUCCAGAACUCAUGUCAGUGGUCCAAAGGCUAUACUAAAAAAAUGCUUACAGCUGUAUUCUGGUCUUGAGAGUCUGUUUCCCUUGUUAGUGAUUCCACCUCCCUCAGUCCUCCUAGAUCUUGGUUCCUACAGUUGCCAACCAAUAUCUGCUGGUCCAGCCUGAGAUCAAUGCCAUGAGAGGGAACACUGCCUGGAGGGCCAGGAACACAAGUCUAGAUAUACCAGAGUCCUAGAAUAGAAGCAAACAAGAUCAGAAAAAAAAUUAAUGAAUGGAUCACUAAAUGUAUUCCUUUUUUUUUUUGGUUCUUUUUUUCAGAGAUGGGGAUCGAACCCAGGGCCUUGCACUUCCUAGGCAAGCGCUCUACCACUGAGCUAAAUCCCCAACUCCUAAAUGUAUUCUUUUAUUCUCAUAGCCGUGUGCUGUGAUAAGGGUAGUAUAGAAUGGGGGGAGUGGCAUGUGGGUGCUUUGGCCUCUGAAUGGGCUUCAAUGGACAGUGAGGGAGGCUUCCAUAUACUCUAAUACAAAUAAUUGUCUUCAUCUUCAGAGAGGCUCCACACAAACUGAUGGAAGCCAAUGCAGGGAAGCACAGCUAAACAUUAGGUGGAGCUCUGGGAAUCAUAUGGAAGAGGGGAAGAAAGAAUUUUAGGAGGCAGAGGUUAAGAACACAACAAGAAAACCCACAGAAUCGACUAACCUGGUCUUGUAGGAACCAGGGUCUCACAAAGCCUGAACCAUCAACCAGGAAGUCUGCAUGGAUCUUACCCAGGCCCUCUGUAUGUUUUAUGAUUGUGUAGCUUGGCCUUUUUUUUAAAUUUAUUCAUCUAUUUUAUGUAUAUGAGUACACUGUAGCUGUUUUUAGACACACCAGAAGAGUGUAUCAGAUAUCAUUACAGAUGGCUGUGAGCCACCAUGUGGUUGCUGGGAUUUGAACUCAGAACCUCUGGAAGAGCAGUCAGUGCUCUAACCACUGAGCCACCUCUCCAGUCUUCUUGUGAGACUCCUAACAUUGGAAGCAGGAGCUGUCUUUGUCUCUGUUGCCUGCCUUUAGGAUACUUUGCUCCUCCUGUGUUGCUUUGUCUAGCCUUCAUAGGAAAAGAAGUGCCUAAUCUUACUGCAAGUUGAUUUGCCAAGGCUGGUUGAUAUGCAUGGGAGUCCUCCCCUUUGUUCAAGUGAAAGAAGGAUGAUGGGGGUGGAAAAGUGGGGUGGGAGGGAGUAGAGGCUGAGAAGGGAGGGGAAACUGUGUUUGGAUGUAAUAUAUGAGAGAAAAAUAAAUAACUAUAAAUAAAUAAAUAAAUAAAUAAAUAAAGAAUAAACUUUGGUCUUUUACAACACUGCUGAGACUUUUACAGACUAAAGAAUUUUGAAAGUGGAAUAAGUGCAUUUUUGCAUUAUGAUAUUGCCACCAACCUAUGUAUGCCAGAGAAUGUGGUGAUUUGAAUAAGAAUGACUCAUAUAUUUGAAUAUUUUGUCAUCAGGAAGUAGCACUUUUUGGAGGUGUGGCAUUUUUGGAAGAAAUGCAUCAUCAAAGGUUAAUAAAUAACACUUGAAAAAUAUCUCGGCGGAGCAACACAACUCGUAUCACAUUGUGAUCUAAAAAUGGUGGACCUGAACAGGGAGGUGAAUAUUUAAGGAUGUGGAAUUAAGCCGACUCUGAAAUUUGGAAAAAAAUAAGUUCCUGUGGGUCAUCGCAGUGAGUAGGAAAUUCCAUUCGCCUUUUAAAAUCGAAUCACGUUUUAUAACCGCGUUUUGGGAGGACAUGAAGCCAGAAUCUGACGACUUUCUACCGCCGCCCGAGUGCCCGGUGUUUGAGCCGAGUUGGGCGGAAUUCCGAGAUCCACUUGGCUAUAUAGCUAAAAUCAGACCUAUUGCGGAGAAGUCAGGCAUUUGCAAGAUCCGCCCACCUGCGGAUUGGCAGCCUCCUUUUGCUGUAGAAAUUGAUAACUUCAGAUUUACUCCUCGAAUUCAGAGACUUAAUGAACUGGAGGCCCAGACUAGAGUAAAACUGAACUAUUUGGAUCAAAUUGCAAAAUUCUGGGAAAUUCAAGGCUCUUCCUUAAAGAUACCUAAUGUGGAAAGGAAAAUCUUGGACCUUUACAGCCUUAAUAAGAUUGUGAUAGAGGAAGGUGGAUAUGAAGCAAUCUGCAAAGACCGUCGGUGGGCCCGUGUUGCCCAACGCCUUAAUUACCCAUCAGGAAAAAACAUUGGUUCCCUUCUACGGUCUCACUAUGAACGGAUCAUUUACCCUUAUGAAAUGUUUCAGUCUGGAGCUAAUCAUGUGCAAUGUAACACAGAUCCAUUUGACAGUGAAGAAAAAGACAAGGAGUACAAACCUCAUAGCAUCCCUCUGAGACAGUCUGUUCAGCCAUUAAAAUUCAGUUGCUACAGUAGACGAGCAAAAAGGCUACAACCUGAGCCAGAACCCACAGAAGAAGACAUUGAGAAAAACCCAGAGCUAAAAAAACUACAGAUAUAUGGGGCAGGCCCCAAGAUGAUAGGCUUGGGCCUCAUGGCAAAGGAGAAGACUCUGAGAAAGAAAGGUAGCAUUCAACCAGAUAAAGAAGAAGUGACAUGCCCUGCAACUGUUAUAGUGAAGGGGGAAGCCAGUGGGUUUGGAAAAGUGACAUCAGCAUUUUCUGACAAGAACUUAAAUCACAAUUUCAAACCUUGUACUGAGAUGACUACGCAGCUACGGAACAAUCACAGCAAUACCCAGUUUAUGGAUUCAUAUGUUUGCCGAAUAUGCUCUCGUGGGGAUGAAGAUGAUAGAUUUCUGCUCUGUGUUGGGUGCAACGACAAUUACCAUAUCUUUUGCCUAUUGCCACCGCUUUCUGAAGUCCCCAAGGGGGUAUGGAGGUGCCCAAAGUGUAUCUUAGCGGAAUGUAAGCGUCCCCUGGAAGCUUUUGGCUUUGAGCAAGCUACACAGGAGUAUACGUUGCAGAGUUUUGGUGAGAUGGCUGAUUCCUUCAAGGCUGACUACUUCAACAUGCCUGUACAUAUGGUACCUACAGAAGUUGUGGAAAAGGAAUUCUGGAGGCUGGUGAGCAGCAUUGAGGAGGAUGUGACAGUUGAGUAUGGAGCAGACAUUCACUCCAAAGAAUUUGGCAGUGGGUUUCCUGUCAACAAUAGCAAAUGGACCUUAUCUCCUGAAGAAAAGGAGUAUGCUGCCAGUGGUUGGAAUCUCAAUGUGAUGCCAGUUCUGGAUCAGUCUGUUCUCUGCCACAUCAAUGCAGACAUCUCAGGCAUGAAAGUGCCUUGGUUAUAUGUGGGCAUGGUGUUUUCAGCAUUUUGUUGGCAUAUUGAGGAUCACUGGAGUUACUCCAUUAACUACCUGCACUGGGGUGAACCAAAGACCUGGUAUGGAGUACCUUCUCUAGCAGCAGAACACUUGGAGGAUGUUAUGAAGACACUUACACCCGAGUUGUUUGACAGCCAGCCUGACCUCCUACACCAACUUGUCACUUUGAUGAAUCCCAACACUCUCAUGUCACAUGGAGUGCCAGUUGUUCGUACAAACCAGUGUGCAGGGGAAUUUGUCAUUACUUUCCCUCGUGCUUACCACAGUGGCUUUAAUCAAGGCUAUAACUUUGCUGAGGCAGUUAACUUUUGCACUGCUGAUUGGCUACCUGUUGGACGCCAGUGUAUUGAACACUACCGCCGACUCCGGCGCUAUUGUGUCUUUUCCCAUGAGGAGCUCAUCUGCAAAAUGGCUGCAUUCCCAGAGAAGUUGGAUCUAAAUCUAGCAGUGGCAGUUCACAAGGAGAUGUUCAUUAUGGUACAGGAGGAGCGGCGCCUACGGAAGACCUUGUUGGAGAAGGGCAUCACGGAAGCUGAGCGAGAGGCCUUUGAGCUACUCCCAGAUGAUGAGCGUCAGUGCAUCAAGUGUAAGACCACGUGUUUCCUAUCAGCCUUGGCCUGUUAUGACUGUCCAGAUGGUCUUGUCUGCCUUUCUCAUAUCAAUGAUCUGUGCAAAUGCUCAAGGAGCCGACAGUACUUACGGUACAGGUACACAUUGGAUGAACUGCCUGCUAUGUUACAAAAGUUGAAGAUUCGGGCCGAGUCAUUUGACAACUGGGCCAACAAAGUACAAGCAGCCCUAGAGGUAGAGGACGGACGGAAACGGAGUUUUGAAGAGCUAAGAGCACUGGAAACUGAGGCUCAUGAUAGACAAUUUCCUAAUAAUGACCUGCUUCAGCGAUUGAAGAAAUGUCUUACUGAAGCAGAGGCUUGCAUUUCCCAAGUCCUAGAACUAGUCAAUAAUUCAGAGGACAGGUUAGAAACACCACAACUCACCCUGACUGAACUACAGAUUCUUCUCAAACAGAUGUGCACUCUGCCGUGUACCAUACAUCAGAUUGAUGAAGUUAAGGAUGUUCUGCAGCAGGUGGAGACAUAUCAAAUUGAGACCCGUGAGGCUCUAACUUCACUGCCUUAUAGUUUAGAAAUACUUCAGUCCCUGAUGGAAAAGGGACAGCAGCUUCGUGUGGAAGUUCCUGAAGCUCAUCAACUUGAAGAGCUGUUGGAGCAGGCACAAUGGCUAGAUCAAGUGAAGCAGGCCCUGGCUCCCUCAGGCCAGAAACACUCUCUGGUCAUCAUGAAGAAACUUUUGGUUAUGGGUACCAAGUUAGCCUCCAGCCCUUCUGUGAACAAAGCUCGAGCAGAGCUACAAGAACUGCUUACUAUUGCAGAGCGUUGGGAGGAAAAGGCCCUUUUCUGCUUAGACGCUAGCCAAAAGCAUUCUCCAGCCACUUUGGAAGUUAUAAUACGUGAGGCAGAAAACAUCCCUGUCUACUUGCCUAACAUCCAGUCUCUCAAGGAAGCUCUGACUAAGGCACAGGCUUGGAUUGCUGAUGUGAAUGAGAUUCAAAAUGGUGAUCACUACCCCUGUUUGGAUGAUUUGGAGGGGCUUGUAGCUGUGGGUCGGGAUUUACCUGUGGAGCUAGAGGAACUAAAACAGCUGGAGAAUCAGGUACUGACAGCACAUUCCUGGAAAGAGAAAGCUUCUAAGACUUUUCUCAAGAAGAAUUCUUGCUACACACUGUUGGAGGUUCUCUGCCCAUGUGCAGAUGCUGGUUCUGUCAGCACCAAGCGCAGUCGGUGGAUUGAAAAGGAGAUGGGGUUAUACAAAUAUGACACAGAAUUGCUGGGGCUUUCUGCACAGGAUCUCAGGGACCCAGGUUCUGUGAUCAUGGCCUUUAAGGAAGGGGAAGAGAAAGAAAAAGAAGGUAUCUUGCACUUGCGUCACAUCAACUCAACUAAGCCCAGUCCAAUGUCCUCAUCAAUCAAUGCCUCUGCAACCUCCAUCUGUAUAUGUGGGCAGGUCCGUGCAGGAGUAGAAGCUCUGCGGUGUGAUCUCUGUCAUGACUGGUUCCAUGGACAAUGUGUGACUGUACCCCACCUACUCAGCUCCUUAAGGGCUAGUCAUACCUCAUCUCAACUGCUAGCUUGGUGGGAAUGGGACACCAAAUUCCUGUGCCCACUGUGUAUGCGAUCAAGGCGUCCACGACUGGAGACCAUAUUGUCAUUGCUGGUAGGACUACAGAGACUGUCUGUAAGGCUGCCUGAGGGUGAGGCCCUACAAUGCCUCACAGAGAGAGCCAUUGGUUGGCAGGGCCGUGCCAGACAGGCUCUAGCUUCUGAGAAUGUGACUGCUUUGUUGAAACAGCUAGCAAAAUCCCGCCAACAACUACAGGAUGAAUUGAGACAUGAGAAGCCGCCUACAUCUCAUUCAGGUCUUCCCUCUGAGUGUCUCACAGAGGAUAGUGACAAGGAUAUCCUUAAGGAAGAGGAGGAGUUGGUACUAAAUGAAGACAUGCUGAAAAAUUCUGAGAAGAUUGUUCCAAAGGAAAGUUCAUGUGAAAGAGGUGAGGAACUGUUGCCUUCGCUAUUAUCCCAAUUAACUGGUCCUGUACUGGAACUGCCUGAAGCCACCCGGGCCCCACUAGAGGAGCUUAUGAUGGAAGGAGAUUUACUUGAAGUUACCCUAGAUGAGAACCACAGCAUUUGGCAGCUGCUGCAGGCUGGACAGAAUCCUAAUCUAGAGCGGAUUCAUACACUUCUAGAGCUUGAGAAGCCUGAGGACCCAAAGAAUUGGUCAGAGGAACAAACACCAGAGAGGCGGCAGCGGCGAAGGCAAAAGGUCGUUCUGAGUAGAAAGGGUGAGGAUCUUACUCAAAAAGAGCUAGCAUCAAAAAGAGCUAGGAGUUCAAGGAUUAAGCCUAAGGGAAAACAGUUUCAAGAGCCAAUACACGGGGAUAAUGUGCUCUUGUCACACCAUACAGAACAUACAAACAUCUUAAAAGGGAACAUGAACAGUGUACAAGGGAAGGAUCCAAGCCCUUCAUCUACUUUUCCUUCCUUACCACCUUUGCUACAUCUCUCUUAUUUUCAUCAGCAAAAAUUACAACAAUAGUAUGUGAUUAUUUUUUUCCUUGCUUAGUCUUUCCUUCCUUAAGCCUUUCUCCUUUCUCUCUCCCUUUUUCUUUCCUUCCUCCUCCUUUCUCCUUUGUUGUUCCCUAGCUUCCCUCCAUUUUACUCUAUUCUCUGCCCUUAAUUCCCUCAGAUUCCCACAAAAUAUUUAUUCCUUACCUACAGCUUGACUACAAAUUAUUUUAUCCUUACUCCUAAUACAUGUUUAUGCCUUCGUUCCUAAGAACUAUUCCAUUUACAUGUUUCCCAAAAUUUUAUCAACAAUAUUUCUGGAAUUACUGUAGAUAAAGUGAUGUUCUUGUUCUUAGUUACCUCUAUUCUAAUCUGGAGAAGCAAAAAUAAAAUUUGAGAAUGCUAAAGUUUAUUAAUCUUUAUUUUUAAAUCCUUCAUCAUCCUCUGUGUAAUUCCACAUCGUGUACUUAUUAAAACAAGUGUUUUUUAUUUUAUAUUUUUAUUCCAUUUCUUACCUUUUUCUCUUUGGUUCACAUUCUAAAAAAAAUAGUAUUUUGUAAUUCUUAAGGAAAAAGAAUACAGGAAUGCAAACUUACCAUAGUUGUUUAUUUUUAAUUUUGUUUCUUUUGUUGUUGGCUGUUGUUGUUGUCAUUAAAAAAAUAAAUAAAACAUUUGCUUGGGACUGCA